AUGAGUGUAUUGCUUGUUGCAGAACAAAAUAGCGAUCUUUUGUUGAAAAAUCAUAAUCUCAGACCAACUGGGUCUUUGGCACUCAUCAUGAGGCAAAUGCAACAAGUUCUUAUCCACUCGAGGCAAAUGCUGCACGAAGAGGUGGACGUGGAAAUUACAAUGGUCGUGGAAAAGGUCGUGGAAAUUAUCGCGGACGAGGCUGAGGACGUGAAGGGACAGUCAUCUGGAAGCCACAAACAAACUCUUUCAAAAGGAAAAGACACAUGUUACAGAUGUGGCAUGACAGGACAUUGGGGACGUACUUGUCGUACGGCCAAACAUUUGGUAGACCUUUACCAGGCUUCUGUAAAAGGAAAAGAGAAAAAUGCAGAAGCAAAUUAUGUUAAUGAAGAAAAUGCUCCAUGUCCUACCCUUGAUGUGUCCGAUUUCUUCAUGGACAAUGCUGAAACUGGGAAUGAUUUCAUCUUUGGAGAAAAUAACAAUGCUUAA